AAGGCUGCGGCUGGCCGGAAGUGGUGGGAGUCAGAAGUUUUAGGAGCCCCCUCCUGAGAGAGGUCAAGGGUCAGUGCAGAGCCAAGAAGACAUGGUGAAGCAGACCAUACAGAUUUUCGCGAGGGUGAAGCCCACUGUCCGGAAGCAGCAACAAGGGAUUUAUUCUAUAGAUGAAGAUGAAAAACUAACCCCUAGCCUGGAAAUUAUCUUACCUCGUGAUUUGGCAGAUGGAUUUGUGAAUAAUAAGCGAGAAAGCUACAAAUUUAAAUUUCAAAAGAUUUUUGAUCAGGGUGCAAGCCAAGAGACCAUUUUUGAAAACAUUGCCAAACCAGUUGCCGAGAGUGUCUUGGCAGGUUACAAUGGUACCAUCUUUGCCUAUGGGCAAACAGGCAGUGGGAAGACAUUCACCAUCACGGGUGGGGCAGAACGCUAUAGUGACCGAGGCAUUAUCCCAAGGACACUGUCAUACAUUUUUGAGAAAUUACAAAAGGACAGCAGCACAAUACAUACAACGCACAUUUCCUAUUUGGAAAUCUACAAUGAAUGUGGUUAUGAUCUAUUGGAUCCAAGACACGAAGCCUCCAGUUUGGAAGAUUUGCCGAAAGUGACAAUAUUGGAGGACCCUGAUCAAAACAUUCACCUGAAAAACCUGUCUCUCCAUCAGGCAGCCACGGAGGAAGAAGCUCUAAAUUUGCUCUUCUUAGGAGACACGAACAGAAUGAUUGCGGAGACUCCAAUGAACCAGGCUUCAACUCGAUCCCACUGCAUUUUCACUAUUCACUUAUCAAGCAAGGAACCAGGAUCUGCAACUGUCCGGCAUGCCAAACUUCAUUUGGUUGACCUGGCUGGUUCAGAGCGAGUUGCAAAGACUGGAGUAGGGGGCCAACUUCUAACUGAGGCCAAGUAUAUCAACUUGUCCCUACAUUACUUAGAACAGGUGAUCAUUGCUCUUUCCGAAAAACACCGUGCACACAUUCCCUACAGGAACUCCAUGAUGACCAGUGUCCUAAGGGACAGUUUGGGAGGGAACUGCAUGACAACCAUGAUUGCAACACUCUCUUUAGAGAAAAGGAAUAUCGACGAGUCGAUAUCUACCUGCAGAUUUGCACAACGAGUGGCACUCAUAAAGAAUGAAGCUGUUCUUAAUGAAGAAAUUGAUCCCAGAUUGAUGAUUAUACGCCUACAAAAAGAAAUCCAGGAACUGAAGGAUGAACUGGCCGUGGUCACUGGGGAGCAGAGGACAGAGGCGCUCACAGACGCGGAGCUCCUUCAGCUGGAAAAACUAAUAACAUCCUUUUUGGAAGACCAGGAUCCAGAGAGCAGACUAGAUGUUGGCACUGAUAUGCGUAAAAUUCAUCACUGUUUCCAUCAUUUAAAGAAACUAUUGAAUGACGAGAAGAUUCAUGGAAAAAGCACAGUCUCCGCCGAAAUCAAAGAUCAGGAUUGCCAAGAACCAUUAAAGGAGGAAGAAUACCAAAAGCUCCGAGACAUUCUACAGCAGAGGGAUAAUGAAAUCAAUAUUCUGGUCAAUAUGCUAAAGAAGGAAAAAAAGAAAGCUCAAGAUGCUCUCCACUUAUCCAGCAUGGGUAGAAGUGAAUGGAGACACUCACAGAGAUCGCCCUUGCCACCUGGGAACUCAGAAGGUCUGAGGACAUUGCCAUCCUCAGCAACCACACAGGUCCGGGACGUCAGCGCUGUCGGGCACAGAUCCAGUUUGCUCCACAGAAAAACAGGGAUGAGAGAAGAAAUGUCCUUAGGACGACAGGAGGCUUUUGAAAUCUUCAAGAGGGACCACGCUGACAGCGUUACCAUCGAAGAUAACAAGCAGAUUUUGAAGCAGAGAUUUUCUGAAGCGAAGGCCCUCGGAGAAAGUAUAAAUGAAACAAGAAGCAAAAUUGGUCACCUGAAGGAAGAAAUCACCCAGCGACAUAUGCAGCAGGUAGCUCUAGGCCUCUCAGAAAACACAGCCUUGCCUUCGAUGGCAGACUCGCUGGAAGAGAAGCUUCGAUCCCAACUGGAGGAAGAAAAGAGAAGGUAUAAAAUAAUGUUCAUGCGCCUGAAGGCCCUGAAGGUGGAGAUCGAACACUUGCAGCUACUCAUGGACAAGGCCAAGGUGAAGCUGCAGAAAGAGUUUGAAGCCUGGUGGACAGAGGAAGCCACCAACCUGCAGGUAAACUCGCCAGCAACGAAUUCGCUCGAUCACAUGAGGCCCUUUCCCCAGACGCCUGAGUCCCAGGAGGGAAGGUCUCAGCUUGUCUCUAACAGAAGUGAUGUGAACACCAGGAAAAUCUUGCCCUCGCCUCACCCCAUCCCACAGAGCUGGGGGCACAACAGCACCAGUGCCUCCCUGGAAAGCAGCAUCUCUGAGAGGCCAGCGUCAUCCAUCCCUCUCACCGGGGACAGCCAGACGGACUCCGACAUCCUGGCAUUCAUCAAGGCCAGACAGAGCAUUCUCCAGAAGAAAUGUUUCCAAUAGGUGUCCAGCUGCAGGAACGGAGUACGGAUGAAGGAAGGCACCUUUUCUCACUCACCCUGCUUCAGAUGUGAUCUGCGGGCUGCUGAGAGCUUCUAGAUUUUGGCUCCAAUAGAAGGGGCUGUGUUUCCUUAAGGAUGUUGUCCUGGAGGCCCCCAGUGAGCCUGGGGCUAGGGCUUAGGGUGCUGUCCUUGCUGUGGGUGCUGGAGAUAGUGCCAAGAUGCUAGGGGCGGGACAGGGGCUUCUACUCACUCUCGUAGUGAUGCUUCCCAUGGUCGAUUAUAAACCUGGGACAUUAUGAAAUAGUACCAUCAGAAUGUAGUGGCAGGGGAAGCUCAUGCUGGUAGAAUAGGGGAGAAAGCUACUUACCAGCCAGCUGUACGAGCCCAGGAAUGGCUAGGGCAAGCCAGGCAGCAGAAUACAACACAGCAGAAUACAAAGCAUCUUGAUGACCAGUCCUGAUCUCCCAAACCAAACUUCUACCAUCACCCUCAUGGCCUGGGUGACCAUAGGCAGUGCCUGAAUCAGCCGUAUCUGCAGAGAGCCACCCAGUAGGGUCCAAGGACAUCACUGCACCCCAAGAGCAGGAGACAGCUCCCGAGAGCUCUGCAGAG